AUGAACAGGACACAGCAGUCUCCCUACAGCUUGGGCCAGGGCCCUCCGCCAGGCCGCUUCCCCCAGCGACAAGCGUCCGGUACCCCCUCGUCGCCCACAGCGCUCGCGAGACAACCGUACUCGCCCUUUGGCAGCGCAGCAGCAACAUUGUCACCCUCACCAGCUGCAGCGAUACCACACGGCAGCAGCGAAGCCUCGCUCGACCCGUCCGACUUCCCCGCCCUGGGGUCUGCGCCCACCUCGUCCACCGCUUCGUCCGCCGCCAACCUCCUCUCGAGCUACGCUUCUCAGGCGGGCCAGUCGGCACCAGGCGCAGGAGCGGCGGGAGCGGUCGGCGCUGCACAACAAGGUGCAGCAGGCGGACUGAACGGGACUCUCGGAUCUGCAGCGCUAGGAGGGGGAGCAGCGGGUCAACGGCGCGAGUUCUCGGCAGACGACUUUCCGGCGCUGGCAGGAGGCGCAUUCGGCAGCGCGGGUCAGCAGGCGGUGGGCCAGGCGCCGGGAGGCGACAUCGCGGGUUUGGCGACAGGCGUCAACGGGCUUUCGCUUGCGGCGGCAGCAGCGGCAGCGGCAGGGAGGGCAACGGCGAGUCCUGGAGGGCAGGAACAGGCGAGCGCGCUGGCGGCACUGCAAGCGCAGCAGCAACAUCGGGCGAACUUGCUGGGAAGCAUGAACGGCGCGCGGAGUGACAAGCAGGCGGCGCAACAACAGCAGACAUGGUCGGCGAGUCCCCAACAAACGCCCAACUUUCCCGCCGGCCUCCUGCCAAACGGCACACCCACACUCGCGAGUUCCGCCUCAUCCCCUCUGCCACCUAGCUCGACCGCGCCUACAACGCUCGACGCACCACAAGGUUUCCGAUCUCCCUCUGCAGGCGGUCCUCCGAUCGCCGCCGCACACGCCGCACAAGCCGCCGCGCUCUUCGCCUCGAAUCCGCUCGGUGCUGGCGCGUCGCUGCCCCCUCCAACAGCGGGUGUGACGACGGGCGAGGUGCCCCAAACGCCCGCGCAGCAGGUGUUGUUCUCCCCAGCGGACCGGUACGGCUUGCUCGGCUUGCUGCAUACGAUCAAGACGAGCGAUCCCGAUUUGAGCAUGCUGGCGCUGGGGACGGACUUGACGAACCUCGGCCUAGAUCUGAGCUCGACAGAAAACCUCUCGUCAACGUUCAUCACGCCUUGGACCGAUGCGAAGACUGCGCAACUGCUCAACAUCGAGCCCGACUUCCGCAUGCCGUCGUGCUACAACGUCCAGCCUCCGCCGGCGAAUACCAAGAUCGGCAACUUUAGCGACGAGACGCUCUUCUUCAUCUUCUACAGCCAGCCAAGGGACGUGAUGCAGGAGAUGGCCGCGCACGAGCUGUACAAGCACAACUGGCGAUACCACAAGGAGCUGCGGCUGUGGCUGACGAAGGAGGCCGGCACCGAGCCGAUUCAGAAGACUGCCACGUACGAGCGCGGCACGUACAUCUUCUUCGACCCGGUCCUGUGGGAGCGCGUGCGCAAGGAGUUCAUCCUCGAGUUUGCCAGUCUCGAAACUCGGCGGGCUUGA